AUGAAACCUCCCAAAUCAUUUCUGUUUCUUCAGGAAAGAAUCCAGGCCCAUUUGAAGACUCUGAGGGAAGAGAGAGAAAAGCUGUUGGGAUUGAAAGCGACUGGAGAGGGGAAGUAUCUGAAACAAACACAAACCGAGAGGCAGAAGAUUGUUUCUGAAUUUCACCAACUGCGGCAGUUCCUGGUGGAACAAGAGCGACUCCUGCUGGCCCAGCUUGAGAAGCUGGACGAGGAGAUUGUGAGGAUACAGAAUGAAAAUGUCAGUCAACUCUCCGAGCAGAUUUCCCGUCUCAGUGAGCUGAUCAGUGAGAUGGAGGGGAAGUGUCAGAAACCAGCAAGUGAAUUCCUGCAGGAUAUUAGAAGCACCUUGAGCAGGUGUGAGAAGGGGAAGUUCCGGCAGCCAGAGGAGAUUUCUCCUGAACUGGAAGAGCGAGUCAGUGGUUUCUCCCAGCAAACGAUUGUGCUAUCGGAGACUCUGGGGAAAUUCAAAGACACUCUGCUGUCUGCACUAGAGACAAAAAGAGGAGGAUCCCUAGGAGCAUUCAGACAGGUGAAAGUGACUCUGGAUCCAGACAUGGCUUAUCCUGACCUCGUCCUGUCUGAGGAUCGGAAAAGUGUGAGAUGGGGAGACACACGGCAAAAUCUGCCCAAAAAUCCUGAGAGAUUUGACUGUUGGGCCUGUGUGCUGGGCUGUGAGGGAUUCACCUCGGGGAGACAUUGCUGGGAGGUGGAGGUGGGGGGUGGGGGAGGCUGGGCUGUGGGGGUGGCCAGAGAGUCUGUGGGGAGGAAGGGAGAGACCCCCCUGCCCCUGAGCUGGGUCCCCAGCAGGAUCCGGGUUUGUCUGGACUGUGACCGGGGACAGGUAACAUUUAUCAAUGCUGGUGACGAGGCCCCGAUCUUCACUUUCCCGCCGUGCUCCAUCCCUGGGGAGAGAAUCCGACCCUGGCUCCGGGUGUGGGACAGACACACCCGGCUCCGACUGUGUCCCUGA